AUGGGGGUAACUCAAGCAGGCAGCGGUGGCACAGCUGCCGAAACUGCCAGAGCUAUGGCAACAGUUGCCAACACAGUCAGUGCUCCAGCUGUGGUCACAUCCACCACUCGCCAAGGGGAUGCCCAGGACAAUGAUAAAAGUGGCGUCAUAGAAGCCCCUACAGUCACCACGACAACAGACACAGCGACAGACACUGAAACUGAAACUGUAACUGACUCAGCCGUAACCGAGCAGCGACUAGCCGCAGAUUUACCGUCCCAGUUGCAGAGCGCCGAGCGCCGCUUGUCGCAGAUGGAUGACGAGGCCCCAAUGGCUCAGCGCAACUGGUCGCCUUUCGGUUACUGGAAGAUUUGGCCGGAUCGCCAACAGGAGAUGAAAGAGUUCGAGCAAGCUCGAAACCAAUACUUCAAAAUGCAGCAGAAACUCGACCAUGAAACGGGAAUGGAGCACCAGAAUAUGGCCGAAGUUGAGCGCUUGCACGCCCCAGAUAACGUCCCUUCCCCAAGAUUCCACAUGAUGCAGCCAGCCAUUGAGAUGCACCACAGCUGCAAUAUAUCGCCACUGGUUCAAUUCCUCAAUGGUGCCGUGGACACGGCGCUGCAGAACGAGCAAGUAGUUAUCGAACCUGCUGGGGGUGAUACUUCGCAGCUCGAGACAGAUACCCAGGACAAGGACAACAAGCGACGCAAUGUCUACCUGAUGGACGAACUCAAGAAACUGUUCGAGACCAAGCCCGCUGAUGGACCCAACCGCAAGGAGAACGAAAUAAUCUUCAGCUGUCCCGUCCACCAUGAGCAGCAUGAGAAUCGCAAUGGCGAAAUAGUCGACGAGGAGGUUGUCUCUGUCGACCAGUGCCACGCCAAAUAG